AACAGGAAGUAAGUGAGCUGCAGCACUGCCGCUGUCGGUGGGACCAGUGUGGAGGAGAAGGUGAGUGGGCAGUGCUGGUGCCCACAACGGUUCCAUUUCUCCCAUCGCCCAUGGACGACGCACAUGAACGAUACAGCCCCAUUAGGAACAAAUAACUCCGACGGGCGAGGCCCCCCCGGUUCUCAUCUCGGUGGACCGGGCACCCUAUGAUGGAACGAGCGAUGGAACAGCUCAACGCACAGCUCAGCCGGCUAACCCGCUCCCUCCGCCGGGCCAGGACCGUGGAACUCCCAGAAGACAAUGAGACUGCAGUGUACACCCUUAUGCCGAUGGUCAUGGCUGACCAGCACAGGUCAGUGUCUGAGUUGCUUCUCAACUCCAAGUUUGAUGUAAACUAUGCCUUCGGACGAGUGAAGAGAAGUCUACUACACAUUGCUGCCAACUGUGGAUCAGUGGAGUGUCUGCUUCUACUGCUGAAAAGAGGAGCCAACCCAAACUACCAGGACAUCUCCGGCUGCACCCCUCUGCACCUCGCUGCAAGGAACGGGCAGAAGAAGUGCAUGGCCAAGCUACUGGAAUAUAAUGCUGAUGUCAACAUCUGCAACAAUGAGGGACUGACCGCUAUCCACUGGUUGGCAGUGAACGGCAGAACAGAGCUCCUCCACGAUCUGGUCCAGCAUGUGUCCAACGUGGACGUGGAGGACGCAAUGGGGCAAACGGCUCUACAUGUAGCCUGUCAGAACGGACACAAAACAACGGUGCUUUGUCUGCUGGACAGUGGAGCUGACAUCAACCGGCCCAACGUCUCUGGAGCCACGCCUCUUUACUUUGCCUGCAGCCACGGCCAAAGAGACACUGCACAGAUCCUGCUUUCUCGAGGGGCCAAGUACCUCUCCGACAAGAAUGGAAUCACUCCGCUAGAUCUCUGUGUGCAGGGUGGAUAUGGGGAGACCUGCGAGAUCCUCAUACAGCACCACGGUAGGCUUUUCCAGUCCCUCAUCCAAAUGACACAAAAUGAUGGUCUGAAAGAAAACAUGCUCAGGCAGGUUCUGGAGCAUGUCUCUCAGCAGAGUGACAGUCAUUUCCUCAGGAUCUUAACCAGUCUUGCUGAAGUGGCUACCACUAAUGGACACAAGCUUCUCAGCCUGUCUAGCAGUUAUGAAGCUCAAAUGAAGAGUCUGCUGAGAAUCGUUCGUAUUUUCUGCAAUGUGUUCCGCCUGGGGCCUUCAUCAUCUAACAGCGGCAACGACAUGGGCUACAAUGGCAACAAGACGCCUCGCAGCCAGGUGUUUAAGAUGUGUGCGAGACAGAUGGAGUUGGAGACGGUACAAAAAGAUGAAUGUUCCUGGACAGGUUCUGCUGUCUUUGAUCCAUUGGAGCUGUUGUGGCACUCUCUGGAUGAGUGGCUGGUGCUCAUCUCCACAGAGCUGGAGAGGAACAGGAAGAACCCGUCGUCCUCUUCCCCCAGCAGUGAGAUAGCCUCUCUGCUCCUCAAGCAACGGGAGGACCAUUCUGGGUCCAAGCCGAAGCUGCACUCCCUUCUGGAGCCCGAAGCCGGUGUGGAAACGGAGGUGUAUGCCGAUGGGGAGGACGUCAUCUCCAUGACAGCCAGUCGGCUCAGUGCUGUGAUUCAGGCCUUUUAUAUGUCCUGCUCCUGUCAGAUGCCACAAGGAAUGACAUCCCCUCGCUUCAUUGAGUUUGUCUGCAAGCAUGACGAGGUGCUCAAGUGUUUUGUAACCAGGAACCCAAAGAUCAUCUUUAACCACUUCCAUUUCCUGCUGGAGUGUCCAGAGUUGAUGUCACGCUUUAUGCACAUUAUCAAGGCCCAGCCCUUCAAGGAUCGCUGUGAGUGGUUUUAUGAGCACCUGCUGGCUGGACAGCCAGAUUCCGACAUGGUUCAUCGUCCGGUCAACAAAAACGACAUCCUGCUCAUCCACAGAGAUACCAUAUUCAGGAGUAGCUGUGAGAUGGUGUCCAAGUCCAGCAAUGAGAAACUCAAACAGGGCAUUGCUGUUCGCUUCCAUGGAGAGGAGGGGAUGGGCCAGGGGGUAGUUCGGGAGUGGUUUGACAUCCUGUCCAAUGAGAUCAUCAAUCCUGACUAUGCUCUGUUCACUCAGUCAGCUGAUGGUACGACUUUCCAGCCCAACAGCAACUCCUCGGUGAACCCAGAUCAUCUAAACUACUUUCAGUUUGCGGGUCACAUUCUGGGUUUGGCUCUGUACCACCGACAGCUGGUCAACAUCUACUUCACUCGCUCCUUCUACAAACACAUUCUGGGCAUCCCGGUGAACUACCAGGACGUGUCGUCCAUUGAUCCGGAGUACGCCAAGAACCUGCAGUGGAUCCUGGACAACGACAUCAGUGAUCUGGGUCUGGAGCUCACCUUCUCUGUGGAGACUGACGUGUUCGGGGCCAUGGAGGAAGUCCCGCUCAAACCCGGAGGGACCAGCAUCCUAGUCACCCAGGACAACAAGGCAGAGUACGUCCAGCUAGUGACGGAGCUGAGGAUGACACGAGCCAUCCAGCCUCAGAUAAACGCCUUCCUGCAAGGAUUCCACACCUUUAUCCUUCCCUCGCUCAUCCAGCUUUUUGAUGAAUAUGAAUUGGAGCUCCUUCUGUCAGGGAUGCCAGAGAUCGACGUGCAGGAUUGGUGCAGGAACACAGAGUACACCAGUGGCUACGACCCUCAGGAGGUGGUCAUCCAGUGGUUCUGGGAAGUGGUGAAAAGUCUGUCCCAGGAGGAACGAGUUCUUCUGCUCCAGUUUGUCACAGGAAGUUCCAGGGUUCCACAUGGUGGCUUUGCCUACUUGAUGGGGGGCAGUGGUUUACAGAAGUUCACCGUUGCUGCAGUACCGUACACCUCAAACCUACUGCCUACCUCUAGUACCUGUAUCAACAUGCUGAAACUCCCAGAAUAUCCAAGCCAGGAGGUCCUGAGAGACCGGCUGCUGGUGGCGCUGCAUUGUGGGAGCUAUGGUUACACCAUGGCGUAGUAUCAGUCUAUGCAGCUGUUAGAGUUUGCAGACCCAUGCAACACUCCUCCGCUCACACACUAAAUGUAGCCAUGCGCUGCUUUUGCUGGACAAAAGAGAAGAAAUGAAAUCCACAAUGUUGAUUGUCUUCAUACCAGUUAUGCAAAAAAUAAGAUAACUUCUAAUUUGAAAUUGAAUUAAAAGAAGAAGAAAAAAACAGCACUUACCAUGAACCACCCAAAGCGCUUUUUUUCCAUAUAGCUCGCCAUAACCAAACCAAACAUGGCUUAUAGUCACUGUGCUAUAUGACAACAGUUUGGACAACUUUACAGUAGAUGCAAGAGGUAUGAUCAUGUCAUCCCAAAGCAUAGCCUUCUUCCAUCUUGUUUAUGGCUGCAGGGAUGUGAAGCUUGUGUUCUAUUUGCUAAAACAAGAACGCCUCUAGCACAAAGUGGGUCAAUCAUUCAUGUUCUCGUAUUAAAAUGUAACACCAUUGGAACUAUAAACAGAUUUUUGUCCAAACCCUGUCGGCCUACCAGGGUAAUGGUAUUCUCUAAUGCCAGCCCACCCCUGGAUGUUACCCAGCCAAUGAAAUGCAAUUCAGACAAGCUCCAGUGAGAUUUACACACACAGUAAUAACAAGGGGAGAGAAUAAAACGUAAGUACUCUACAUUGGUGUAAAAUCAUUAACCAGGACAUUGAUGAUCAAGUCAACUCAAUGGUCGUCUUCUGUAGGAAUAUAUAUAGUUGUAAGAUAAACAUAGACAAAAAGGGGGGCUCUGGGCAAUAACUGAGUGAAUGUAGAAGAUCAUCUUUGGCACCACAAGAUUGUAAACAUUGACAUGCAACAUCUUGAUUUUCAGAUGACCCAGGACACAAUUUACCUCUGUGAAAGAGAACACACUUUUUGUAGUCUUAAGUAAUACUAACUAAGGUUAAACGUUAUUGCAGUGUUUUUCCAACAGUCAGAAAUAAUUUCACAUCACGUUCUCCAACAAGACCAAAUAAAGCCCAAUAUGUGCCAAAUCCUGAUGCACAAAUACGCUGCCCAACAAUGAUGUCAACAGAGAUGGGUAAGUUAGCUGACAUUUAGCUAACAAGUGGUAUUAAACCCUGCACACAAAUUUUCUUCCCAGAAAAAAAGUAUUAUAUUGCUUUUUUUUUAUAAUUUCAUCGCAAAUUUCAUGAAUUUAACACUGUUAAGAUAAAACUUUCUAAAAUGAAGCACAAUUUUUUGUUAGUGAUUUUUCAAAAGCUUCCUAAAUCCAUACUUUAUUUGAAAGGAUACAUUUAUUUACAGCAUUAGCAAAUUAUGUAUCCAUAAUGUAUCCAGUUUAAUUCAAAUUCAAUUCAAACGAAUCCUUCCAAUUCAUAUAUUAGACUAAAUAGAAUUGGCUGAAUUUUAUUUAUCGUUGACGAAAAUGUUGGUGGUGACGAAGUCACUAUACUUUUUUUUCCCACCUAAAUUUGCAUGCACCCAACAGACACGGGCAAAGUACUGCCCCUGUAUGGCGGUUAUUAACGUGUCAUGAUGACAUCACCCACAAACCCAGACCGCAGUUCAGUGAGUGUGAGUGUGGCUUCCUUGGUUUAGCUUAGCUGUCUCCGCUAAAGCCACGAAACUCCAGAGACUGAUGUGCGUGGAGAUGAAGACCCGUUUAACAGCUCGGGGCCAGCAGAGAUGUUCAUGCGGACCUGGCUGCUCCGUUUUCUGGCGACGGAAGUCAGCGUUUCGAGACACGCGCACUUCAACCAGUUCACACGCCACAUGUUGAGAAGACUGUGUUAAACCGUCUCUGCCACCGUACAUACGUUACUAAGCAACAAAGAACACGCGAGCACACUUGACAGGUGGAGGCUUUUGAUAGAACUGCACAGUGCAGAUGGAGAAAAACACAAGAGAAAAAAACUGGUCAUGCAACCAAAACAUAAAGAGUAGAGAAAGAGAAAGAAAAGACGGGGUCCAUUUGAGAAUAGCUGUUUUAUGAUCCAGCCCAAAAAAUAAUGCACCGAUUUGUAGGAUGGUUACAGGGUCUCUUUUGUGGAACAAGCAAUUUUACAGUGGAAACAAUAAAGGACCAUGACAGGCCCCGGUUCUCAUGAUGUCGGCGGAGCUUUACACCCUUACAAAUUUGUUAAAUAUCCUUGCAAAUAAAUGCUUUGCUACUUGUUAAAAGCCAAAUCCUUUCAUGUAAUGAUUUUUCACGUCAUUUAUAUUAGCUCACACAAACACUUUACCCAUUUGUUCCUGGCCCCUCUGUCAAAUUUUAGAACCCAUUGUGGCCCGCAAGUCAAAAGGUUUGCCCCCCCGCUAGGAGGGAUGUCUAAUGGACAACCUAAGCUGUAAGCUAGACUAUUAUGCAGUUGUAGACACAACACAGGUGGUCCCUGGGCCUGAGAAGGGAAGAAAAGGAGUUUAAUAUGGCUAUUAAAUGUGACUAGAACUAGACCAAAAUAUUAUUAUCAUGCCAAAAGUAACACUGAUAUGGAAAUUUGACCAUUAAAUGGGAGCAAUGAUAUUGAUAGAAAACACAAUUUAAAAGAAUACAAUAUAAUGCCUACUGGCCUGCUAUCAGGAUAAAUAUAUAUUUUUUAAUUUUGACCAAAAUGAUUGCACAAUUUAAAAUAGACACCAAGGAUACAUUUGUAUGAAUUUCUUGGCAAAAAUCAUUUUUCAUUUUGAAUGUACUGUAUUUUAUCUUGACUUAUUCGACUGUGAAGGAGCGUGUGCAAUGCUCUAGGUGUUGGAUUGUAUGUGGUUUUUAUUUUAGUAUUUUGCUGUCUUAUCUACUUUCUCCUGUUUAGUAGACUUUCAUGAGGAGCAAUACAAUAUGUCGACAGAAUUCGUGUUUCUGUAUCGCCAUGACGUUUUCUUUCUUUCCAUUUGUAAAGGGAUUUGACAUAUUUCAUACUAUCUAUGAGAACGUUGCCUGAAAUGCUUUUAUAAACUGCUCUUAAAGUUUAUAAAACAUUGAUAUUUCUAUAUUUCUGUAAAUGUCUACAGUGUGAAAUUGCGUAUUACCACUCAAAUAUGUUGUGCUUUCAGAUUUUACCCAAUAAAAGUAAUUUUGACAAUC